UGUCUACUAAUAAUACUGAUACUAAUGAAACUGAUGAAUACCACAUACUAAUCUAAAUCUAUAGUAGAUAUAGAUGCAAAAAAAAUCAUAUAAACAUAAAAUUUGCUUUUACAUGGUGUAUGGCAAUCUCGAACAGAAACAUUGAUUUAAAUUAAACGGAAUUCCUCAUUUCAAUCAAUAAGUCAUUAAUAUCCUUCCCAUAAUCAUCCAGAUUAUCUAAAAUAUUUAACUAAAAAUAUCGCAUCUCAAUAUCUAUAAACAUAUUGAUAAAACAUUCAACCUGGCACCACUGACGCAAUCGUUUCAUUUUUGUUUUGAUGCGCCGUUCAUUUCAGUUUGAGAUGCUGACGGGCAACCUUCCCUUCCACGGUAUCAAUCGUAACGAUACGAUGAACCAGAUCCUGAAAACCAAACUUGGGAUGCCAGAAAAUUUGAGCCCGGAGGCUCAGAGUUUGUUGCGGGCCCUGUUCAAACGCAAUCCCCAGAAACGGUUGGGAGUUGGCCCAAACGGUAUCGACGACAUCAAGCGGCACGAGUUCUUCUCCAACGUCGAUUGGGACGCGUUCGAGCGGAAAGAGGUGCGACCCCCUUUCAUUCCGGCCGUUUCCCGCGACGAUGCGUUUUACUUUGACACGGAGUACACCAACAAAUCGCCCAAGUAUAUAGAUUCCCCCGGUGGUCCGGUUAGUGCGAGUGCCCAUGAGAUCUUCCGCGGAUUCAGUUUUAUAGCGCCCUGUUUGCUGGACGACAUUCAGAAUCAGAUGGGUCCCAGGGCACCGUUUACGAACGAAAUUCCUGGCGUCAAACCGGUCGCCUUUGCCGAUGAUGCAGGAGCUGGGGCGGGGAACGUUCUCCGUUUGUCGGUUGUGUGAGAAUCGUACCACCAAGAAGCAUUCGCCGUUAAGAUAAUCGACAAAUACGGUCACGAUUGUCGAGAGGAAGUGGAAAUUCUACUGAGAUACGGAAUCAUCCGAACAUCGUGUCUCUGUUCAGUGUCCACGAGGACCCCACUUAUGUGUACCUGGUAAUGGAGUUGC